UUAGAAAAUUAACCACUAUUUAGUAAAAUUAUGCUAGUUAUGUUUGCAAUGAAAUUAAAAUGUCUGACCACAAGUCAGUGUUUAAAUAGCUCGCGCCUGCUUACAAGUCACAUUUGUUGUAUUGUAAUGGUUGAAUCCCAAAUGUUUUCUUAUUGCAUAUGAUCUAUUUAGGAGUUAUCAAAUUUCACCCUUUAUAGUGCACUACUUAGCCAUUUGGGAUCAGACCGUAAACCGAUCUAAUUGUGACCUGGAGAAAAGCUAAACACGCCUCAUCUGUGUUAACGACAUGAAACCAUUUCCCUAGCUUGGAUAUAUUAUAAGAUACACAGUCGUUAUACAGAUAUAACACUUUUCUUUAGUAGCUUGUAAAACGUGUUUUUUUUUUUUGUUAAAUAAUACUAGGUUUUUAUUUGUAAUUUAAAAACGUCCACCCUCAGCUGCCGAAACCCGGGAUCGAACCAGGGACCUUUAGAUCUUCAGUCUAACGCUCUCCCAACUGAGCUAUUUCGGCGCGUUGUAUUAAAGGGGUGACCAAUAAGAUGCUCAGUCAUUUAUUAGCCUAUUGAUGGCUCCUAUCGCCUUACACCGAUCAGUAAUAACAUUAUGACUACCUGCGUGCUGCCAAAACAGCCCUGACCCGUCAUGCACUGUGUAUUCUGACGCCUUUCUAUCAGGACCAGCAUUAACUUCUUCAGCAGUUUCAGCAACAGGAGCUCGUCUAUUACAUCGGAUUACACGUGCAUCAAUGAGCCUUGGCCGCCCAUGACCCUGUCACCGGUUCACCACUGUUCCUUCCUUGGACCACUUUUGAUAGAUACUGACCACUGCAGACCGGGAACACCCCACAAGAGCUGCAGUUUUGGAGAUGCUCUGAUCCAGUGGUCUAGCCAUCACAAUUUGACCCUUGUCAAAUUCGCUCAAAUCCUUACGCUUGCCCAUUUUUCCUGCUUCUAACACAUCAACUUUGAGGACAAAAUGUUCACUUGCUGCCUAAUAUAUCCCACACACUAACAGGUGCCAUGAUGAGGAGAUAAUCAGUGUUCUUCACUUCACCUCUCAGUGCUCAUAAUGUUUUGGCUGAUCGGUGUAUUUCUAAUCGAUGUUCGGGAUGAAGCUUUCCAUAAAUGGAGCAAGUACCAAAGGUGUGAAGGAUGAGGACGAGGAGUUCGAGCCCUCUGCAGACAUGCUGGUCCAUGACUUCGAUGAUGAGCAGACGAUGGAGGAGGAGGAGAUGCUGCAGGGAGAGACCAAUUUCAGCUCUGAGAUAGACGACCUCACUCGAGAAGGAGAAAUGCCCCUUCAUGAGCUGUUAAAAUUGUACGGCUACGGUGCUGCAGACUCGGCAGAUUCAGAGGAUGAAGGUCCUGUAGAACAGGAUGUUUCAGUGAAUGACCAAAGCAGCAGUGACCAUGGGAACGUUAAGUCAAACAAGGAGGACAGAGAGGACGAGGACCAGAAAUCGUCCAGCGAGGAGUCCCCUGACCGCGGCAGGACACACAGCACCGCUCAGCUUCUCUACGCUGGACCAUGCAGCUACUUUGAUGGUGAUGCUGACGAAUCUGAGGAUGAAGAUUAUGUUCCAUCAGAAGAGUGGAAGAAGGAAGUGAAGGUUGGGCCAAUGUACCAGGCUGAGACACCGACUGAGCUGUGCAAAUAUAAAGACAAUGAGAAAGUGUACGAGAACGAGGAUCAGCUUCUGUGGAAUCCAGAGCUGCUGCCAGAAAAGGAGGUGGUUGAAUUUUUAGCCGAAGCCUCAAAGCGGACCGGAGAGCAGACUGGAGCGGACCCUGUCCCAGAGAGGCCUCUAAUCAAAGACAACGAGGAGGCUCUCUACGAGUUGAUAAAAUGCAAUUUUGAUAAAGACGAAGCUUUAAAAAGACUUGAGUUUAACCCCAAGCCUGUUAAAGAUGAGCUUCCAGUGUGGACUGAGGAGGAAAGACGUGAAUUUCAGCAAGAGGAUGGAGCUUGUGGAAAUGAUUUCAACUCGCUGCAAGCUGAUAAGAUCAAACUGUGGAGGAGAAAACCUGAUCUUCAUCCUGCUGUCAUGGACUCCACAGAGCAGAUGGAGAACACGGAGGUCAGCCGAGCAGCUACUGUUCCUAGAGGAGCUUCCAACUACAGCAGCCACCAGUCAGAUAGUGAAGCCAGCAGCACAACACACAACGGUGCAGAUUCCCGUUCUGUCGCUCCCACGUCCUCGUGUGUCUCGGAUCGUACCACAUCGAACACACAGGUUCAUUCCAGCCCCGAUCCCGACAUCAGCAGCUCAAACACGGGCGCAGCCGGACGGCAGCGGGAGGACGAGGAGGAUUCAGAGAGACCGGUGAAGAAGCAGAAGACCGAGAUGGAGUUUCUUGCGGCAGCAGCAGUUUAGCAUGUUCACAGAGGAUGCAGAAGUUGCAGAUGUAUUUUUCGCUGCAUUUCAGGGAUUUAUUUGAAGAAUGCUCUUGGAUGCUUUUAUGAUCUAAUUCAUACCCAAAAGCAACACAGCCCAAAGGUUCACGUGUAACGAUUUACUGCUCUGUGUAGGAUCAGGAUCCUAGAUAAGAGAGGAACACAACCUUCAUAUUUAUAAAUCACAUCUUGACAAAUAGGAAGUGAUAUUGAUCUCAUACAGCUUUAACAGAUAUUUACUACCCAGUUCAUUUACAUAAUCAAAAGUUCUUAGAGUUACAGUCACUAAACAAAUAUAAUCUCCAUCACCCCAGAAAAUCUGACAUGUUCGACUACCAGCUGUUCGACGCUUCAUCUUUUUCCACAUGAACAGUUAAUUGGGGAACUUCCUCUUUCGUAUUAUUCCAAAAAAGUUGUUUGUAUGAAAAAUUUCUGCUUAUUUUUGUAUUCGAUAGCUAUUUAUAUUUUGUAUACAGUUCUGGUUGAGCACAUGCUUUCAAGGGGAAAUGUAAGACUGAAUAUUUAUUUCUAAUGUACUCUCUGUGUCUGUAAAGACUAUUACACUAUCGUUUCAGCCUUACAAUGUUUUCUAAAGUUUAUACACCUCUUCCAUGAUGUCUGAAGGAUCUUAUCACCAUACAUUGUUUUGUUUCUGUAAGUGGUAUAAAAACGUUUGACCCUGUAAAACUAAACUUUUUUUUUUUUUUGGUAACAUUUCAUGCGUGGACAUUUUUUUAAUAAAGAAAAUAAAGUUCUUAAUUAUUUCUCUGUAA